UUUUCUAUAAUGCCAACAUUUACUGGAAAUUAUUUGAACCCAUUAUUCAAAACUACAUUUCGACAUAAACAGUUUUACAGUAUUCUCUUAAACUCCAAACAAACCCCAUGACUGUUUAUUGUAUUAAAUGUACUUAUAAAAAUAGCUUUUGCAUCGAAAAGAAACAACUACUCGUGUAUACAACAUUUAUUUUAAUUUGACACAUUUUCUGUCACUUAAAUAAACAAGGUAACUGUAAUAAAGCGCUCCACCUGCUUUAGGCAUGAUUUCGGGUUCUAUUUACGCAUUGUUGGCAGGUUGUUUGGGUUCUGCCGCCUCCUUAUCGGCUAAACUAACUCUCGGUGCAGACUACCUGAAAGAAAUGUGUGAAGCUGGACUAAGCAGCACGUCCGGUGCGAAAAACGAUAACGACGAAAUUACCGUCUGCCUCUGGCUGGACAUCCCCCUGCGGCUGCUGUGUGUCGGCCUGAUGUUCCUCUGCAAUGCUGUCAUGUGGACCUUCUUCUCCAAAGCUCUUCGCUUCAGCUCUUCUACUGCCAGGGCCACUGCCACCACUACUGGGGGCAACUUUAUCUCGUCGGCCAUACUGGGGAGGCUUAUUUUUGGAGAGAGUCAAUCAGUUCUGUGGUGGGUGGGCAUCUCUCUAACGCUGUGUGGGCUGCUGGUGCUUCAUGGAUCCACACCCCAGGACCUGCCACAGGACGACGCCAAAACGGAAUAGUUGUAUUACUCUAUAUUUAUAUACUUUUUUUUACUGUCACUCAUCAUGAGGUGGGUAAAUAGGAAAUGGCAACCAAAGAUUGAGUCUUUAAUAAAUCUUGUGUCUCUGUCAUUAAUUCUGCUAGAGGCAAUUUAAAAUAAAUAUAUAAAGACAAUAAUAUCUAAUUCAUAUUUAGUUUUAGGGAAAUUUUGUUAAUUUGACAAAUCUGAUUUAAUUGCCGAACUGAAUAAAAAAACUUCACAGCACACUUAAAUAGCACCAAAAAAGCUACCUAUGUAUUUUUUUUGUUGCAAAUUGUUUGGGACAAAGUGAAUGCAGAUAUGUAUGUAUGUGGGAAAGAGAUAGAGUUAAAUUUGGGUUUUAUUCUCAAUAAAAUGUAUGACUCAUUGGAAAUAUGAGUAUGCUUGUAAAAAACAAAACUAACUUGAACAUUAUACUUAGUUCAAAUGUAAAUGAAAAGUUUUGAGGAACAUGUAAAAUGAAGUACUUUGUAACUUGUA